CUAGUCACAUCAUAAGGCAAAAAAAGAAAAACUAUCCUGUCAAUAAACGCAGGUGUGAACGGGGCCUCACUUUUAGCUGCGUCUUUCGAAGUGCAACAAAGAAACGCAAUAAGAGAAGGGUGAAGGUGGUGAUAGCUGCGGCUAGUUUCCCGCAGCCUGUGACGGGCUCGGCCGCGCAGCACGUCAGUGCCGGUACCGCAGGCAGGCAGUUCCUGGUUCCUGUGACGGAAAUCCUCCCUCCUCCCACACACAAGGCCUAGUCCACAUCACCGCCUCGUCCGGACCAGUCACCCCGGCAAUCAGUGCCCCGGCUCAGCAUGAACAUCUUCAGGUUCCUGGGGGACAUCUCCCACCUGUGCGCCAUCAUCAUCCUGCUGCUGAAGAUCUGGAAGUCCCGCUCCUGUGCCGGCAUCUCUGGGAAGAGCCAGAUCCUGUUUGCGGUUGUAUUCACCAGUCGAUACUUAGACCUGUUCACUAACUUUAUCUCCCUCUACAAUACCUCUAUGAAGCUUGUAUAUGUUGCUAGUUCGUAUGCCACAGUAUGGAUGAUCUACAAUAAAUUUAAAGCGACUUAUGAUGGGAACCAUGAUACCUUUCGUGUGGAGUUCCUUAUUGUUCCUACGGCUAUUUUGGCUUUCCUUGUUAAUCAUGAUUUCACUCCUCUAGAGAUUUUGUGGACAUUUUCCAUCUACCUGGAGUCUGUUGCAAUUCUGCCCCAACUGUUUAUGGUCAGCAAGACUGGGGAAGCGGAGACCAUCACCAGUCAUUAUCUCUUUGCUUUGGGGAUUUAUCGUACCCUCUAUCUCUUUAAUUGGAUUUGGCGUUACCAGUUUGAGGGAUUCUUUGAUCUCAUUGCCAUCGUUGCAGGACUUGUACAGACUAUCUUGUAUUGUGACUUCUUUUAUCUAUACAUUACCAAAGUCCUAAAGGGAAAGAAGCUCAGUUUACCAGCAUAAGAAGACGAAGCAUACACUGUCCUCUUCUGCAGUGUAUCCGUUUCUCUGUGAGGAGCCGAAUGACUAAGGGAAAGAUGAAUAUUACUUAAAGUAUAAACUCCAGGGCGGAAUGACACAAAAGUGAACAAGAGCUGCUUUUCAUUUCCACUACUCCUCAAGAAAUACUAAAGGAGGGAUUCCUGAAGAAAAUUACCAUUAAGCUGACUGAUACUUUCUUAAAGAGACUGGACUUCAGUUCGUCAGCUAUUUGUAGUUUGGGCCUUGAGAAUCUAACGAGACACUUUCAAAUUAGAAUUCCCUUUCUGUCUUUUUUCUGAUUGUCUUUUAUUUCCUAUCCCGUCUUUUGCUGGAGAUGUAACGAUUUCUAAAAAUCCAAACUUUUUCCCCUUUUUUUUUAAUGUGGAUUAAAGCUUUGUUAUAGCCAGUGUAGCUGGGGCCUCUCUUUCUUUGAUAACAGAAUCAAAUAAAAACCUCUUGCCUUUCCCCUUUUGCAAACUACAGGUGUUUAAAAAAAUGGGUAAAUUGAAAGUUCAGCUGUAUGUUACUCACUACACAGAUAUCAUGUAUUUUUGGCAACAACAGCACCAAGAAAUUGAAUUUUUGAAAUAUUUGACUGCAGUCUUUCUAUGCAAUCUUCAAUGUUUUAUACUCAUUAAAUGAUGUUAACUAUU